CUAUGGCAGGGAGGGUUGGGUGGGGUACUGUGGGCAGGAAGCGGAAGCGCCCAGUAACCCCUAGCUGCAGCUGAGCACGCCAGAGCUCACUUCUACUGAACACAGCCAGAGCUGGUGGCGGGCGCUCAAGCACCAAGGCCGGCGGACUGAUGGACCUGCCCUGUGCCCUUGGGCUCGGGACACUGCUGGCCCUGCCAGGGGUCCUGGGCUCAGGCAGCAGUGCCAAGGACAGUGAGAGCUCCAGCUCUGUCACUGUUGUCCUGCUGCUGCUGCUGCUACUGCUGCUGGCCACUGGCCUGGCACUGGCCUGGCGCCGCCUCAGCCGCGACUCAGGGGGCUACUACCACCCAGCCCGCCUGGGCGCCGCACUAUGGGGCCGCACUCGCCGCCUCCUCUGGGCCAGCCCACCGGGCCGCUGGCUCCGGGCCCAGGCCGAGGUGGAGCCACCCGAUGAGGACCCAGAACAGCAGCAGGACGAGCAGGAUGUGGAAGAGGACUACCAUCUGGUUGGUGGCCUGGAGGAGACAGAGUCCCAGGAAGAGGAUCAGCAAUGCAGAGAGGGGCCCUGCCCACAGCAGGUCCCAGAGCCAGGCGAGGAAGCACGUGACAGUAACACCGGAGGGGGCCUGGGCCUUAGUUCCCAGGGGCCAGUGGGCUCAGGGGGCAGCGCCGAGGCCCUGCUGAGCGACCUGCACGCCUUUGCUGGCAGCGCGGCCUGGGACGACAGCGCCGAAGCAGCUGGCAGCCAGGGCCUCCACGUCACAGCACUGUAAGAGCCAGUGUGGUGUGUCACAUCCCUGUCACUGUGCCUCUGCAUCCCAUGCUACCCUGGACCUAUUGUCACCCACACCGCUACACAGGGUGUCUCAGACUAUUGCUCCCCUACCAGUUCUGUCCCCAAAGCUGUGUAUCCUUGUCCCCAUCAGGAAGCCCACCCAUCCCUAGUGGCACUGGAGAGCCUUCUGAAAUAAAACCCCUCCAGCCCUGUG